GAUGACAGUGAUGAUGGAGCUUUUCUUUCCUCUCUCUAGUUACCACCAGGGAUAGACUCCCAGUCCCCUUCAGAAUUCUCAGACGAGCUUCCCCCCACCUCCCCAUCACAGCACGAGCAGGAUGAGUAGGAGCGGCUACAACGUGGGAUGUCGUUAGACAUGCGAGGCUCUUCCUCCUCCUCCGGUUCCUCCUCUACCUCGCGGGACAACGGAGCAGCGAAGAGGACUCUCAAAGACUUCAGCUUCAUCAAGGUCUUGGGGAAAGGAAGCUUUGGAAAGGUGAUGUUAGCAGAGCUGAAAGGCAGUGAGGAGGUGUUUGCAGUGAAGGUGUUGAAGAAGGAUGUGAUCCAGCAGGAUGACGAUGUGGACUGCACCCUGACAGAGAAACGCAUCCUGGCCCUAGCUAGGAAACACCCCUACCUCUGCCAGCUCUACUGCUGCUUCCAGACCCGGGUACACACUACACACACCCCUACCUCUGCCAGCUCUACUGCUGCUUCCAGACCCGGGUACACACUACAUACACACACACACCCCUACCUCUGCCAGCUCUACUGCUGCUUUCAGACCCGGGUACACACUACACACACACUACACACACCCCUACCUCUGCCAGCUCGACUGCUGCUUCCAGACCCGGGUACACACUACAUACACACACACACCCCUACCUCUGCCAGCUCUACUGUUGCUUUCAGACCUGGGUACACACUACACACACCCCUACCUCUGCCAGUUCGACUGCUGCUUUCAGACCCGGGCACACACUACACACACACUACACACACACUA